AUGGUGCGGCCUGUGAGACAAAAGAAACCAGUCAAUUACUCACAGUUUGAAGACUCUGACAGCGAUGCCUUAAGUAUAUCUACAGCUUGGGAGAAAAUACUCGAGGGUACCUUUAGUAUUCUAGCUAGUGCAGUGCCUUGUACAAAAAUGGCUUUAGAUGACAAGCUCUACCAGAGAGACUUAGAAGUUGCACUAGCUUUAUCAGUGAAGGAACUGCCAACAAUCACCGUUGACGUGCAGCAGUCUCAAGAUAAAAGUGAAGAUUCUGAGGAUGAUUCUGAUUUUGGUGAGGGUGGAGAUAAUGAUGAAGAAGACUUCACUAUGAGGAAAAGUAAAGUUAAAGAGGUUAAAAGGAAAGAAGUGAAGAUAAAAUCCCCAAUGGAACAGAAACAGAAGAAAUCUAAAUCCAAAUGUAGUGCUUUGGUGACUUCAGUAGAUUCUGCUCCAGCUGCUGUCAAAUCAGAAUCUCAGUCCUCAUCAAAAAAGGUUUCUCUUUCUUCAGAGGCCUCUAGAAAGCCAUUACAAAUAUGCAGUCCUUCAGCUGAAAGCAAGAGACCUAAGUGGGUGCCACCAGCGGCGUCUGGAAGUAGCAGCAACAGCAGCAGCCCACUGGCAGGAGUGUCCGUUAAGUCUCCAAGUCAGAGUCUCCGUCUUGGCUUGUCCAGAUUAGCACGAGUUAAACCUUUGCAUCCAGGCGCCACUAGCAGCUGA